ACACCUAUGCGUAUAUGUGUUUAUAUUUAUAGACAUAGAAGGAUGAGUAUAAAAGGAUUUUGUCACAGACGAUUAGGCAUCAGUCGCUCAUUUGAUACCAAUCAAACCCAACCCAAACACUAAAGAUGAAAUUCGCCGUAGUCCUCGCUCUCGCCCUGGCGUGCGCCGCCGCCGCCCCCGUGGAGAAGGAGCCCACCAAGAUCGUGCGCUCCGAGUUCGACCAGCAGCCCGAGGGCAACUACGUCUUCAACUUCGAGACCGACGACGGCACCGCGCGCCAGGAGACCGGCGAGGUGAAGGAGGCCCUCGACGAGGACAACAAGCCGCACACCGUGGUCGUGGUCCGCGGGUCCUACACCUACGUCGACAGCGAGGGAGAGCCCCAGACCAUCACCUACUUCGCCGACGAAACCGGCUUCCACGCUGAAGGCAGGACCAUCCCCGUCGCUCCCGUCCCCAACCAAUAAGUGCGAGAGAAACAGAUGACAAUAAUGAUGACCAGAGCAAGACAAAUGACUCCGCUGAACCCUAGUUUAUAGUGUCCACUGCCAUACUUUUUAUUUAUGAUUUUCUGUUGUUAUGUUUUAAUGCGAUUGUGUCGUUAAUAAAACUACAUGAGAUUGAAGACCAAUUUAA